UUUGAACUUGUGGACUACACGCUCAUGGUCAGGCAAAUCCUACAACAAUAUGACUACUUCAGACAACACUAUCUCAAUAGAUGACCCUUCACCACCUUCCCCGUACUUUGUGGCAUACCCUCGCCAGUACCGUUUCAUAUUGGACGAACCCCAUCGAUGUUGGCAGGAAAGCCCGUUCUUGGUUCUUAUGAUCCCAGUCUCACCCCACAACCGAGAGGCCCGUGACGCAAUCCGCAACACGUGGGGCAAAGAAACAACAGUGCUGGGCCAAGUGGUCAGACAUUACUUCCUGCUGGGACUGUCCAAAGAGGAAGAUGGGACUGAAGCUUUCAAGAAACAAGUGUUACAAGAAAGCCAAAGAUAUCAUGACAUUCUCCAGAGUGACUUCUUGGACAGCUACAACAAUCUCACCAUUAAAACCAUGCUCAUGUUCGAAUGGCUCGGCUCCCAUUGCCCCAAAACCUCCUACGCCAUGAAGGUUGACUCAGACAUGUUCCUCAAUGUCCACAACCUGGUGGACAUGCUUUUGAAAGCCCCCCGACAUCGCUACAUGACAGGGAUGGUGAUGAGAGGCGCCGCUGUUCAUAGAGACCCUACCUCAAAAUGGUUUAUGCCGGUUUCUGCUUUCCCUGAGCCUACAUACCCUCCAUAUGCCAUGGGUCUGGGCUACGUGUUCUCACUGGAUUUACCCGGAAAGAUAGUGGCGGCAUCAGCACACGUUAAAGCUGUUUACAUUGAAGAUGUGUAUGUGGGGCUGUGUAUGGGGCAUUUGGGAAUCCCUCUGACAGAUCCUCCUCGUGGUGUUUUGUUUAGGGCAUCAAUACCUUCCAGGAGAAGCCACUGUUACUGGACCACUGUCAUUACAACAAUACUGAAGAACUCAAUGAAGCUUUCAGACGUAUGGCGAGUAUAUCAGACUUCUGACUGCGCCACACAAAAACAAUGA